AUGAUGACUUCCCAAGUGACGAACCGGCUCGGUACUCUUUCAAAAACAAACAUAUUUUUGUACUGCGCUUACAUUUCAACAUGUCUAGUAAGUUCUUGAGUUCUAUAAUAUCGGUUGAUUGAUUUUUGUUUUCAGGAAGACAGAGCAUGGUCCUUUUGUGUCUCCCUUUGCAUGGACCUCAUGGGUGGAAUGCGCGUUGUUUCCAUUGAGCAGUUAUUCGAAGGCCUUCUCCAGAUGAUACUCAGCGGGUACUUGGGCAAGCAUUUCGACGGUUUGUCCAGAAAAAGAGGUGAGCACAAACUCGGUACGUGAAAAAGAGUGAAUUCUUUUUCAGCUAUCAUGACUGUUGUCCCACUCAACAAUCUGAGUAUUUGUGCGGCAGCUGCUCUUAUUAUCAGUUGGUUCUUGCGAAGUCUGAUGCGUGAGAAUCGAAAUGUUCUUUCAGCAUGUCUCUCUAGUGAUGCUUCGUCCCCCGUCUACAUCGUCUGCCUGGCCCUUGCCAUGUGCAUGUGUGCAGUCAAUCGUCUUUUCCUGAACGCGGAAAAGUUCAUUACCAGCAGGGAUUGGGUGAUGGUUCUUGGGGACGAAAGCUCGCUUUCCAGUCUCAAUGCGACUCUUCUGACUCUCGAUCAGUUCACGAAUGUCAUUGCUCCGCUUGUCACUGGAGUAAGAAGCCGUAGACUGGCAGGCUUGAAGAUGAGCUUUUGCAGGCGUUGGUCACUUGGCUUGGUCUCCGUCCUACUGUCGGCAUCUUUGGAAUCGCUUCUUUGGUCUCCAUGACUUCCAAAUCCAUCUUUCUUCGUCUCAUAUGGAGAUCCAACCCACUUCUUCAAGUGAAAAAAGAGAAGAAGGAUGAUGUGGUUACGGAUCCAUUUGCCAACUCAAGACUCAAAGAGAGUGUAGUCUACACAUAUUGGCGACAAGCUUCCUUCUCCGCCGCCUUUGGAAUGUCCCUUCUUUUCAUGACCGUGAUGGGUUUCGACGGUUUGGCAGUCGGAUAUGGUUCAUCUGCAGGACUGCCCGAGUUCGUUAUCGGAGCAUUCCGAUCAUACGGAUCAGUGACCGCAAUCCUUGGAGCAUUUUCGUACGCAUUCUUCGAGAAACGAUAUAGUGUGGCCACGUCAGGACUACUGGGACUGGUUGUCCAACAGGCAUUCGUGGUGCUCGCAGUAUCUUCCGUCUUCUUCCCCGGAUCUCCAAUGAACCUCGGAGGCUACUUCGGCAACUUCACAAUCGACAGUUGGUGGCAUGAUAUGGUGCAUUCGUUCGACGGAAACAAUGCGACCAACUUGGAUCCGCACGUCGACUGGAAGCACUUCUCAUCGGACGGCGUCAGUUUGGCCAGCAUCUUCGUGUUCCUCAUCGCAAUCGCUUCGGCCAGAUAUGGUUUGUCACUGUGAAAGGGACUAUUCUUGAUUGUUAUUGUAGGACUCUGGUGUCUGGACCUCGCAAUCACCCACAUAAUGCAAGUUACAAUCGCCGAAAGAGAACGGAACACAGUGUUCGGAGUGCACAACGCCCUGUGCCAGUCGUUUUCGGUGCUGAAAGAUGUGCUCGUCAUCAUCCUCCCACUUCCGGCUACAUUCGCCAUUUGUAUAUUCAUUUCGUACGGUUUCGUAACCGCGGGUCAUCUGUUUUUCGUGUAUUACCUCGUCAAAUCGAAUAGUUUAUCCACUGUUGGGAGGAGAUUAUCCCAGAUUCAAGACAAAGAAGAAAAGGUUGAAUUUGCCAGACUCUGAUCACGGAUUCUUCUUCAAUAAACACGUUAUUUUUCGUUUUAUUUAGGUUAACAGAAACAAAGACCUCCCUCAAAGGAAAAAUGACUCUUCCGGGUCACUCAUUCCUGCAAUUGAGACUGAAGAACACUAAAAGACUAUACCUCUCUAGGGAACGUGGUACCUCUCGGGACUCGCAAAAAUACUUACUUUGCAAAUGAGUGUCAACAACGAAAAGGUCCUAUUUCUCGAUUAACGAAGACGCCUCUGCCUACAGAAUUCGAGCUUUUCCGCCCUUCCUUUUUUCCGAAACCCCUUCAUUUUCGUUGUUAUUCCCAAUUCUUGACCGCUGCAUGGUCACGCUCAUCAAAAAAGGAUGGCUCCGGUCCUAUCGCUUCUAUAUUUAUUUUCUCGCCCCCCGCUCAUCUAUUUGUAUCCUUCUUCACCGCUCAUGACGUCUUCUGCGACACCAUCUUCGUAGCAGUGUAAAUAUUGGUUUCAGCUCCGGGAUUUGGGCAGAGCCCAAACUGCUCCACGAGCGCCAUCCCCUAG